GGAUUGGCCACUGCAGCAAUUAUUUUUGUUUCCAUCACCUCCUUUUCCCCUCUCUCAUAUUACCUGGGCUCCUGUCAGCGCACCAACUUGUUAUUCCCUUUACUCUGGGCUCGCUGCAGGCAGCAGGACGUCUCUACCUUCAGCUUCAAGGUAGUUAACCUACGCAGUCUGUGGCAUCUCCAGUGUUGGGGGCUUUUAAGAGCUGUUAGAGGAGCAUCUGUCAGACACCGUAUCCUCCGAGAGGAAUGGCUGGCACCUUCUGCCGUCUCCUGGCUGGCCGUGCAACCACUGCACUCUUUGCAGCCGCAGGCACAGGGGUGCUGACCACCGGGUACCUCCUCAACCAGCAAAAUGUGAAGGCUGCUGUUCAGGAAAAGCGUAAGCUCUUCCCUCCAAGCGCCGACUAUCCUGAUCUCCGCAAACAUAACAACUGCAUGGCUGAGUGCCUCACACCAGGCAUUUACUCUAGGCUAAGGGACAAGAUGACUCCCAACGGCUACACCCUGGACCAGUGCAUCCAAACCGGGGUUGACAAUCCCGGCCAUCCUUUCAUUAAAACUGUGGGCAUGGUCGCAGGUGAUGAGGAAUCCUACGAGGUGUUUGCUGAGAUUUUUGACCCUGUCAUUAAAGCGAGACAUAAUGGCUAUGAUCCACGGACAAUGAAGCACCACACUGACCUGGAUGCAUCCAAGAUCACCCAUGGUCAAUUUGACGAGCGCUAUGUCCUCUCAUCACGGGUGCGGACUGGCCGCAGCAUCCGUGGCCUCAGCCUUCCUCCCGCCUGCACCAGGGCAGAGCGGAGGGAGGUGGAGAACGUCGUGGUCACCGCGCUCGCUGGGCUGAAAGGAGACCUCUCUGGAAAGUACUACAGCUUGACCAAUAUGUCUGAGAGGGAUCAGCAGCAGCUUAUCGAUGAUCAUUUUCUCUUUGAUAAGCCAGUGUCCCCUUUGCUAACAUGUGCUGGGAUGGCACGUGACUGGCCAGACGCCAGAGGAAUCUGGCAUAACAAUGACAAAACAUUUCUCAUCUGGAUUAAUGAAGAAGACCACACCAGGGUGAUCUCCAUGGAGAAGGGUGGAAACAUGAAACGGGUGUUUGAAAGAUUUUGCCGUGGUUUGAAAGAGGUGGAAAGAUUAAUUAAAGAACGGGGCUGGGAGUUCAUGUGGAACGAGCGACUUGGAUAUGUGCUGACCUGUCCUUCCAAUCUGGGAACUGGUUUACGCGCUGGAGUCCAUGUUAAGCUGCCCAGACUUAGCAAGGAUCCCAGGUUCCCAAAAAUCCUGGAGAACCUGCGUCUGCAAAAGCGUGGCACUGGUGGAGUGGACACGGCAGCUGUAGCAGAUGUGUACGAUAUCUCCAACCUAGACCGCAUGGGUCGCUCAGAGGUGGAGCUAGUCCAGAUUGUCAUUGAUGGUGUCAAUUAUCUAGUUGACUGCGAGAAGAAACUGGAAAGAGGUCAAGACAUCAAAGUGCCACCACCCUUGCCUCAGUUUGGCAGGAAGUGAUCUUGCUGCUGAUGGUGGCAACUGAUGGUAAAUAUGGCUGCCAUUCUGACAGAAAGGCACCUCUGUAUAUCUAUGUAUAAAUAUCUUGUGUAAUAAAACACUACCUGAUA